AUGCGGACCGCUCCCUCUCCUCCUCUCCCUCCACCGCCUCCCAUGGCGGACAGGAGCCGUCCUCCCAUGGUUCCCUCAGGCCCCUCGGGAUCAACUACACCGGCUCGCAGCCAACGUAGCUUGUCUAUCCCGAGGCCUUUCAACCCGUCCCGAGUCCAGUCACAAGGCUCUUCUGUUGUUGGCUUCACCACCGAUGACCUUCCUUUCGGUCAGCGCACACCCGGCUCCAUGGGCCAUCGCUCAUGGCAGUCUCGCGGCGGAGAGUCUGCGGCAUCUUUCGUGUCGUCCGUACAGCAAGAGGAGGCCAAGGCCAGGUGGGAUUCAGACGCGGAGCUCAAGCUCGUGUCCAAGUCUCUGCUCAGAUUCCAGAAGUGGUGUCUUCUCAUCGGCCUGCUCUGCAUCAACGCCGCUCUCAUCUACGUGUCGUUCACCUACCAUGUCGCCCACUACUUCUUCAUCGUCCUUCUCAGCUCGAACACGGUCCUCCAAUUCAUCAUGAUCGUCUUCAUCCUCGGCCACUUCCUCUUCAAGAACAUCUUCUUCUGCUUCCGCCGCAAGGAGAAUGUACCUGAGACACCCGAGCGCAUGGUCAUGCUUCUGCCCUGCUACAACGAGACCUUCGACGAGCUGACCCGAUCCCUCGACUCCCUGGUUGCCCAGAAGAACAUUGACGAGCACCCGCGCAUGAUCUUCAUCGUUGUCGACGGCAACGUCAAGGGCCCCGGCAUGGAAAAGACGACGCAAGAGUACCUCCUUCAGGAUAUUCUCGAGCCGGGCCCAACACGCUUCUUCGAGAACGGCUACCGCGCGCGCGACGGUCUUUUCAUGCCCACCAAGAUCCAGACCGGCUACUACAAGGGUCUCCCCUACAUCUUCGUCGGCAAGCGAUACAACCAAGGCAAGCGCGACAGCUUGUGCUUCGCCCGCUCAUUCUUGUACCACUUCCACAAGCGCUCCGUCAACAUUAUGACCAUGUUCAACAACGAUCUUUUCGAGCACGUCGGCAAUGCCUUCGUCGCCCAGGGCCUGGAGAACAUCGAGUACCUCGUCGGUAUGGACGCUGACACCGUCUUCGAUGAGUUCUGCGUCUGGGAGAUGUUGAGAGAGAUCCGCAAGAACCCCAAGCUCGUCGGUGUCUGCGGACACGUCUGUGUCGAUUACGAUGGUAAGAACUGGGGUCUCUGGUCGUUGUACCAGUCCGUCGAGUACUCGCAGACACAAGGUCUUCGUCGCAUGUUCCAGUCUCGCAUCACCGGCAAGGUCAACUGUCUCCCUGGAUGCUGUCAGCUCAUCAAGAUCGACGAGGCCACGUUUGGUGACGAGGUCCUCCGCCAGCGCUUCGGAUACUGCCCUAAGCCCAACGAUCUCAUGACCCAGCACAUCAUGGGCAACUACUCCGAGGACUCCAUCCACGCCAGCAUCAUCUUCUCCCUCUUCCCCCAGCGCCAGACUGCCCAGGCUCUCCGCGCCAAGGCCUUCACCAUUGUCCCGCAGGACUGGAAGGUCUUCCUGUCGCAGCGCAAACGUUGGGCCCUCGGAUCCAUCUCCAACGAGUUCGUCAUGAUCUUCCGCCCUGGUAUCAUUCCCAUCGAGCGUCUUCAGUCCAUCAUCGCCGUCUGCACCUGGUUCAUCACUCCGUUCAUCAUGGCCGCCGUCAUUGCCUUGAUCAUCAUUCUCUGCAAACGUGGUGACGAGCUCGUCCGCGACCCGGUUUUCAUGUCUCUCUUUGGCCUCCUCUUGGUCCGAUACAUCUACUCUUUCUGCAUCGGCUUCUGGCUCCCGAGAAACAUGCUCGAGCGCUUCCAGUACUUUGUCGGAUACUUCUUCCAUCUCUGCACGUCGCCGUUCCUGAACAUGAUCAUUCUCGCAUACUCUCUCAUUUACUCCGACGACUUCAAGUGGGGUAAGACUCGCGAAGUCAUCAAAGGCGACGACGAGAAGACCGACGCCGAGGGUGGCCGCGGCACUCAUUAA